CCCGAUUUCCGACACUAGGCAUCAAAUUUUUUUCGAGUUCAGCUGACGUCUGUUCUGCACAACUAAACUCUCUCAAAAUGAUGAAAUUCGCAACUGCGUUGUGCCUUCUGGUCACCGUUACCGGUAUCCACGGGUCGAGUCUAUCUACGGUAAUGAAGGAGGAGUUGAAUGAGGUACUGACCCAAAUUGAGGAGUAUCAGACUGAGCUGGAAACCAUAAUAACAAAUAUGGAGGAAAGUAGCAAAUCAGCAAUCAGCUCGGCAAGCAGCACAAUAAAUGAGGUGGCUGCAGAGUAUCAAGCGGAUUACGAUUCCUUGGUUGAGAAUGUAUCUGGAGAUGUAAGCUCGUGCGAAACGGCGUUUUCGAGUGCGUCGAGCAAAGGUGAAUCAAUUUUGGCCAAUGCAACCACAUGCAUCAACAAGGUGGAGGCUCUGGCUCAAGCUGAUGCUAACACCUUCAAGGCCAAGCUCAACAAUGUGACGUCCAGUGUCAAGAACCUCUUGGAAGAAGUUUCUGACUGCGACGCUGACAGUAUCUUGACCUUCUGGUCUUGUGUCGCAACGAUCGACACGGAGAUGGUCUCUGACAUGAGCAAUUGGUCAACCAUCCUUUCUGACGCGUCUACUUUCCUGACAGAAACAACCGACUUUGCGGAUGAAUACUCACAGUGCAGCGAAACGGCCGGAGUGGCAACCUACGCGACUGACAUGAAGGCGGCGUACGAAACAGCAGAGGAAUGUGUAUCAGAAGUGACGUCGGAAUCUUAAGGAAUUCUUCAUCAGUGACACAAGUUGCAACGAUGUCAGGUCCAUCGUUCUGAAUGUAUCGGAAUUUGGCUAUAAAUAAAAAAUAAUAUCAUUGCA